AUGCCGCCCCAGGAGGAGAUUGAAAGAAUCCAGUCCCAAGACAGCUACAUCAAUUACUAUAGCGUCCAAGUCGUGGCUCAGGCCUUAAACAAAGCGUAUUUGUCCACAUCAGCGCAGAUGCCAAUGGUGGAUGGAGGAGACAGGUUGGAACUUCUAAGGCUACAACCAUGGCAGAUAGUCAAAGCCAACAACAGGGACCUCUCCUACAUCCUCCUCAUUUCCCUCUUCCUCUCUUUUUUGUCCUCCUUCCUCUUCAUUGGCCAGCCAAGGAAAACAACCUGCCUUCUCCGACAAAUGGCCUUCAGCAUCAUCUUCUCAAUUGCUGUCUCUGCAGUCUUAGCAAAAACCAUCACUGUGGUUCUGGCCUUCCUGGCCACUAAGCCAGGGAACAGGGUGAGGAGAUGGCUGGGGAAGGGUCUGGCAAACUCCAUUGUCAUUUCCUGCUCCAGUGUCCAGGUUCUCAUAUGUACCAUCUGGUUGGGCAUCUCUCCCCCAUUCCCAGAAUCUGACAUGCUCUCCCAGCCUAGAGAGAUUAUCUUGCAGUGCAAUGAAGGGUCUGUUGCCAUGUUCUAUGGUGCUCUCAGCUACAUGGGCUUCCUGGCUGUCAUAUGCUUCACGGUGGCUUUCCUAGCCAGGAAGCUGCCUGGGGCCUUCAAUGAAGCCAAGCUGAUCACCUUCAGCAUGCUGGCUGCCACCAAGAUGUCCCUGAGGACUGAGUGUCUCUUGACCAGGCCUUUUGAACUCCAGGAAGACUAUUACAGGCGAGGAGAUCUCAUUGUGGGGGGACACUUACGCUUCGGCAUUGCCAUACACACAAAUCAGGUGUUUAAUUUGUCUCCCCGAGAACGGGACUUCUAUGUUUCUAAGUAA